GCCCCCUGUGGACAUAGCUGUAUUUCAUUACUGGGUAACAAACAUCAUUUGGAUGCCGGAGGACAGUCAUUGGUGAGUCAAACUGUCUGCAAAAACGUCAGGAGAUUAUCGGCGCGCAGCUGGGAUGCAAGGUUGAUUCACAAAGAAGAGUGAGGAGGUAGAGAGACAACGCCGAAGACACCACAGUCGGACCGAAUCACACCGCACAGCCAUGAAGGGGGAGCAUUUAUUUUCCAACCUGAGAAACGCCACGUUCUACCAGCGGGUCUACCUACUGGGGGGCGAGGAGCUGCUGGUACUGCAAAGCACUGUGGGACAUCCCGCGCUGGGCGACAGCUUCCACCAGAUCACCGACUUUAACGACCUGCCCACCUCCCUUUUCGCCUGCAACGUGGACCAGUCUGUGUUUGAGGACCAGGAGGGCAAGGAGAUGUUCGAGUCCCUGUUCCUGGCCUACGAUGAGCGGGUGACGUUUCAGCUGUUCAAGAGCUUCCGGCGUGUCCGCAUCAACUUCAGCAACCCCAAAGCAGCCGCCAGCGCCAGGAUAGAGCUGCACGAAACGCCCUUCAGAGGCAAGAAGCUCAAACUCUACUUUGCCCAGGUCCAGAACCCAGUAUCAGACGGUGAUAACCUGCACCUGGCUCCUCCUCAGCCCUCUAAACAGUUCCUCAUCUCCCCUCCCGGCUCACCGCCCAUUGGCUGGCAGCAGAUAGACGAGGCCACGACCGUCAUCAACUACGACCUGCUCUAUGCGGUGGCCAAGCUGGGCCCCGGAGAGAAGUUUGAGCUGCAUGCGGGAACAGAGUCCACCCCCAGUGUUGUUGUCCACGUCUGCGACAGCGACACCGAGGAAGUGGAGGAACCAAAGAAUUGCCCCAAACCAAAAAUCAUCCAGACCCGGCGCCCUGACCUUCCUACUUCUCACUGAACUCUGUCCCCCUGCCACUUCCUGCCGUAACAUCGUCAUCUGGAGGAAGGAGAAUCGAUCCCCCGUCUCUCUCUCACAGGAACAUUCCCCGUGUUCAGCACUCCCCACCCUACGGCCGCCCCGCCCGGGCCAGAAGGGGAGUGCUCUCUGUUCCUCAUCCUCGUCGACAUACAGCCGUUGAUGUGCUACAUGUAUGAUUGUGUUGGCAAUACUCCAUACUUACAUCAAGAUUCAGCCACCAUACCCUCAGUGAUUGGUUCCUGUCUGUAUGAUUCUGUUGUUGUAAUGUCACACAGUUAGCAGUGAUGGGGCAGCACCUUGCUUUGAGCUCGGGCCUCUGAUUGGCUUAGGGGCUGUGGCGAAUGCCAGUGUAAAGAAGCCCAUUGGUCGCCUUUAUAGACGUGUGUUAGCCUUGCUCUCGCUCCACUGCGUAUGUACCACAAGCACUGACAAUGAAUAGCGCUUCUCUCAUUAGGGCAUGCUAGCUACUGAGGUGGUGGGAUGACUCUGGCGCUGCAUGAGUUAAAGUAAUCUGAAGGAGCAUUAUGGUCAAUACUUUGUCUUAUAGUCCCUUCAAGUUGUCAGAGGUUAUUCAUCGUGUUAUCAGUGCUGUCUGUCGACCAUGGGAGUUCUUUCAAUCUUGCAUGCACUGGUCUGAUAUAGUUUGUGUGUUUACUUUGUUCUGUUUUCUGUAUGAAGCUGUCAAUUUGACCUCUCUCUCUCUUCUCUAACUUCUCUCUUUUAUCUCCCUGUGUUUUCUGGCUAUCGGUGUUCUUCACAGAAAACAAUGCUAAUAACAGUUACAAUCCAUGCAUCUUACAGUGGAAGCAUUAUGUACAAUGACAUUUCUGUGAUUGUUCCUCAAUGUCAAUCUUUCUGUGUCCAUGUCUUGUCCCCAAAAGUCUGGUUCAAGAAAAAGGAGUAUAAGAAAACAAAAGAAAAAACUUAACAAAGAAAAAACGGAAUGCCUGGUGGCCACCUUUUCCUCAUAGGCUGAAAUGGAAAGCCAAUCAUAUAUCAUCACGUGAAGCCAGUCUAUAAAGUGCAUGGUUACAUUUUUAUAGAGAUAUUGUGUUGUCUGAGAACCGUGGUUCAGUCAUGGGAUUUCCUCGUGUUUCCUUUAUGUGCCUCUGUAGGGAGCGAGAAAGAAACAUUUAUUCAAACUCACAACGAAGAAAAUAAAUGCAUGAUGAUGAUCCUGAGAGGAGUAAAACAGAAAAAAAUGAUGUUAUUACAGAGUUAUGUUACACAAAUCUUCCAAGUGCUAUUACACAGUUUCUGUCGAGAUGGUCAAGGGGAAUUACAUACUGUACUCACACACACAACCAUGUUUGUUUUCCUUUAUUGUGUUUUGUUUUUCCUGUGUUGGUGUGCCUGGUUUAACUUAUAGGCAGUAGAACAAGCCCUGUACAAAUUGGACCUCCCUGUCUAUUUGUGGAGAACUGGCGUUGUGAUCAAUUUUCUAUUGUCCAAACUAUUGACCCAUCCUGUUUCAGACAUUGCACCUACACUCUGAUUCUACAUUACUGUGACCCACUGAUUCAACCCUGGGUGCUUUUAUACACUCUAAACCCUCACUGUAACCCCUCACUGUACAUCAUUCCAAUCCCCAUCUCUGAUAAUGAUGGCUCAAAUGAACAGAUUUGAUACCCAGUUCAAAGUGCACUAACUGAAUUUUUUUUAUUCCAACCAGCUCCAGUAGGUUGUAGUUUUAUUCCAACCAACUCCAGUAGGUUGUAGUUUUAUUCCAACCAGCUCCAGUAGGUUGUAGUUUAAUUCCAACCAGCUCCAGUAGGUUGUAGUUUAAUUCCAACCAGUUCCAGUAGGUUGUAGUUUAAUUCCAACCAGUUCCAGUAGGUUGUAGUUUAAUUCCAACCAGCUCCAGUAGGUUGUAGUUUUAUUCCAACCGACUCCAGUAGGUUGUAGUUUAAUUCCAACCAGUUCCAGUAGGUUGUAGUUUAAUUCCAACCAGUUCCAGUAGGUUGUAGUUUUAUUCCAACCAGCUCCAGUAGGUUGUAGUUUAAUUCCAACCAGCUCCAGUAGGUUGUAGUUUAAUUCCAACCAGUUCCAGUAGGUUGUAGUUUAAUUCCAACCAGUUCCAGUAGGUUGUAGUUUAAUUCCAACCAGUUCCAGUAGGUUGUAGUUUAAUUCCAACCAGCUCCAGUAGGUUGUAGUUUUAUUCCAACCGACUCCAGUAGGUUGUAGUUUAAUUCCAACCAGUUCCAGUAGGUUGUAGUUUAAUUCCAACCAGUUCCAGUAGGUUGUAGUUUAAUUCCAACCAGUUCCAGUAGGUUGUAGUUUUAUUCCAACCAACUCCAGUUGGUUGUAGUUUUAUUCCAACCAACUCCAGUAGGUUGUAGUUUAAUUCCAACCAGCUCCAGUAGGUUGUAGUUUUAUUCCAACCAACUCCAGUAGGUUGUAGUUUAAUUCCAACCAGCUCCAGUAGGUUGUAGUUUUAUUCCAACCAGCUCCAGUAGGUUGUAGUUUUAUUCCAACCAGCCCCAGUAAGAUGUAGUUUAAUUCCAACCAGCUCCAGUAGGUUGUAGUUUUAUUCUACCUGCAAUAUUUUCCUAUCUGUUGUUGUAUAACAUUUACAGUCAUUCUAAUUAAUAUUUGAAGCAGAUCAAAGGAUGUUGGUAAUAAUGAGCCACUAUCCUUGUGGAAGUCAUAGACUUCAAAUGCAAUUUAAUACAGGCCCUUUCCUAAAAAAACAGGUUUGAAUCAUGUAUUGUAUAUGGUGCAUAUCAAAUGGUUACAAUAGUGUAUUCCUCUUCCUUGUUUUAUUUCAUACAUGCUGGCUUUAAGACACUAUUCCCUCACUGUAUGGUCAGAUGGACCAGACACAACACAAUGACAUGCCACUGUCCAAGGUUUGUACUACAGCCACCAUUACUACCCUUAAUGAGGUGACUUGUAUACAUGCAAUGUUUUUUGUUCUGGACUUUGGUGUCUUUCGCCUAGACCUCUGGUCUGUUGACUCGGCGCUAAAAUCUUGUCCUGCAGUCACAUUCCUCAAAACUUAAACACAGUAGACACUAUGUACCUGUGUAUAAUUCAACAUGUCCCAAUAUUUGUAUUUUAUUUUCAAAUUAAAAUCAUUAUAUUAUUAUCUGUUUCUUCUAAGAGUCAGUUGGAUUGGAAGGGAAUAUCAGUGAUGGGGUAACCAAUAUGUGUAUUGUGUAAAAAAUUGUGUAUGACCAUCAAUGUACUUGUCAUUCUACAUGUAACGUUACAACAACCUGCCUGCCUACACUAAGGAGACAUAUCUGUAUAUAUUAAUCAAUACUAUUUUUACUGCAUUUUUGUACAAAUAUUCAUGGUAGCCAUGUACAAGUAGUUCAAAUGAUUCUAUGGUAGUAUUAAAUAGUUUGGUUUUAA